UAAUUUUUGCCUAUAACCAUACUCGUGCAUCACUACUUGAUUCAGCCAAUGGAUCAGACACAAUGGUAAUUUUAUGAAUAUACACGGAUAAUCCGUGGAAAUAGUCAAUACGCAGACAUAUUUGCUAUUCGCACGGACGGUUGACUCAAGGUGGUAAUAUAAAAGUCAAAAAGAGGAAGGAGGUAGAGAGAGCAGCUGGAGCGUAUUAUGAAAUCAAAGACCUAAUCAGACAUGUUCGGCGAGCAGGUUUUCAGCCUGCGGCCGCUGCUGUCCACUGAGGACCAGGAGAUCAGACUGUGCGCUCAGAGCAGUGUCGGUCGACACCAGAUCCUGGCUCUCGUCAUUGGAAAUGGGCAGCUAAUUUUGUACUACAUUGUAUCGGACAGAGAACUGCCAGUGAUAAAAGACCUUCACUGGCAUUUGGAGCCAACGCAACAAAUUUGCUGUCUCUCUUUUGACCCUUCUGGCACUUGGCUUGCUGUCUCAUCCUGUGAUAGCUCUCUGUGCGUAGUUCCUGCCCUUGCCCUUGUUGACCCCGAGGCGGCUGUCGAUUUACGAUGGCAAACCAGCAACCUUACAAAGUUGCAGACGACAAAACUGAGACCAGUGGCCACUUCUAUUGUCUGGUGGAACAGCCUCGAUGGACAACAUGUGGCGAUUUUGGGAUCGGAAAAUGGGCAAGUUGCGUUCGUCAGCCUAACCACUGGCACCGAGUUGGGCCGGACAUGCGUUGACGGAGAAAUCUCCAAUCUGCACUUGAGCCAUGACAAUAGCCUUGACCUCGUCUUUCUAAUCAUUUCUGGACCAGUGCGUCAAUGGCGUUUAAUUCUGGAACAAAGAUCUGUUGGCUUUUGUUGGCCACUGGAACACAUGGAGGGUGAUGGACUAAUGCCCAUUCCUGUUCGCACCCGUCUGCAGAAUCUCAAGCAUCUCUCAGUAGAUAAAAUGGCCUCUUUGAAGCAAAUGCUGGUUGAAAACAAAAGAGGAGGCACCAGUAGUGUCAAAAGAGCUGCCGAGGAGCUGGGCGGUAAGGAAAUCAGCACAGUGCCUUUGGCUUUGCAAGGACCUGAAAUUUACUCUCCACAGUAUUCAAAAGAACGAUAUUUAAUUUCAACGUACAACCCCUCAACUCAACUAAUGAAAAUUUACCCUGCUGGUUUGGGAGACGAAAAAAUCCUCUAUGUACACAAACUCCCAUCAGAGGGAAAACCCCUUCUGUAUGCAGACCGUUUCAUUUUACUCUUUAACGAUGACACAUCCUCUCUCAUCAUUUCUUCCUCCCAAUUGUCUGAAGUCAAGUUUGACCUUGACCAAAGUACAGAUUCUGUUGUACAAAGGUUUGAUCUUAGCACAGGAGAGAAUGUGAUCGCCAUUCACAAGAAAUUGCGAAGCACAAUUGUGGAUGGCAACGGGCCUCCUCUUGGUCAAGAGAAUCCAAACUCUGAUUGUUUCAUUGUGAUCACGUCUAGGAACGUUAUUGAAGUUGGUCCCAAGAAACCACCUUCAGAACUUUUCAUGCUAAUGGCCUUGGACAGCGGGCAGUUGGAAAGUGCUGAAAAGCUGGCAGUUUUGUUUGGACUGAACAUGCAAAAUCUGCUGGAAGCGGCAGCCGACCAGAGACUGGAGGAAAGACAGUUCUCUCAUGCAAUCACUCUUUAUAAGCUUUCAAAGUGUCGUUAUCUCAAAAGUGCGCUAAAGUUUGCAAAAUGUGGCCAUCCAAGCGAGCUGUUGAGUUACAUACAAAUUUUGCUCUCUGCCCGGGACACUGAGCUCUCCUUAUCUGAAAAACUACACCUAUCCAAUUUGGCCAUGAUGUCUUUUGCAGAACAAAUCUUGCGCCAGUCGGCUCAAGAAGGCUCUCUACUUUUCAACAAAUAUCUGAGCUUUUUGAAAUGUAAUCUAUUCUAUGACGAAGUGUUGGCUGUGAAUAUUGCCGGUCAGACAAAAACCUGGAAGGUUCUCCAAUUUUUGGCUAAAAACAGAGGCCUAUACCCGGAAGUCUUGGAUAUUUUGCUAAAAGUCAAGUCAAGAGAAUGUGUAGUUUGGAACUGUCUAAGUGAUCCUGAAAUGCUUCAACCGUUAUUGCUGAACAAUAAACGCGCUAAGCUUCACAUGCAGCUUGUGACUGCUCAUCUGCCUUGCUUAGAGCUUGAUGUGUUACAGAAACUGUCCGCUUUAUACAAUCCGUACUCACCGAAAUUCAAAAGUCUAUUAGACGCUGCUUACCAGCAAAAGAUGUACAAGAACUCAGGAGCUCUAUCUUAUAACAAGGGAAAUACUCAAGUGCAAGAGUUUGUGGAAAUGUUUAUUGUUGUGAUGCUGCAACUCAUGAAAAAUAAAUCCUCACCCUACCUCAACAAUUUGGUGAAGCUAUUUAAGCCUGAAUCAAACAUUAAGUCAAAUAAAAUGGUUGUCCCAAAAUCUGGCCACACAAUCUUGAGUGCUGGGUUUUCUCAUGCUGGUCAUGUCAGAGGCAAGCAGCUCUACAUGUGGGGUAAUGGUGUACAUGGCAGUCUAGGCUGUGGACCGACAAUGAUCAAAUAUAUGACUCCAAAAGCACUUGACUUGUUUCCCGCUCUUGGAAUUCAGAUAUUCAGCAUCUCUUGUGGCAAAAAUCACUCCCUAGCUCUGACAUCAAAUGGGGUGUAUUCAUGGGGCAGCAGUCAAUUUGGUCAAUUGGGUGUUGGUCCAACGUGUCAUUCGUCACACCCCAGACUGGUUGAAGCCCUUUCCGAUGAGCAGAUAAUCCAAGUGUCUGCUGGUCAGUACCAUUCUCUGGCUCUUAGCAAAAGUGGAAGAGUCUUUUCAUGGGGAUGGGGAGUGCAUGGCCAACUGGGGCACCGAUCGACUGACGAUCAGUCUCUACCCACUCUCGUCACUUCCCUAACUGACAAGGUUAUUGUUCAGGUUUGUGGUGCCCAUGGCCAUUCAGUUGUUUUGACAGAAGAAGGUGAAGUGUGGGCCUUUGGUUCCGGCGCCUUUGGCCAGCUUGGUGUCCCGAACUUGCCAAAAAGCAGUGUUCCUUUGCAAAUUUUACUGCCAGAGAGGAUUCGGUUGAUCGCCUGUGGAUAUUUUCACUGUCUAGCAGUUAGCGCCACUGAAAAAUUAUAUACAUGGGGCUCAAGUUACCAGGCCCUGAGGCUCCACGCUCAGGCCCAGAAAAGAGCUCGGAUUGUACAAGAGAAACAGUUUGUGUCUGAAUCAGCUCAAGAGGAUGAAACUGCCGUUCAUCCUCCUCAGUUUUCACCUAGUCUAAUAGACACAAGCCAAGUGCAGGGAAGCAUUGUUCAGAUCUCCUGUGGUUUCCAUCACUCUUUGCUGCUCGACUCUAACAGUGAAGUCUAUUCGUGGGGUCGAGGAAUUGACGGGCAGCUGGGCCAAAUGAACCGCAAGGAAAUCUCGGCACCAUUAGCCCUGCAUUCAUUGACUGGACGAAACAUAGUUGCCAUAGAUGCUGGGUCUGAUUUUUCACUCGCCGUAGACAAGUCUGGAGUUCUGAUCUCGUGGGGCAGCAAUGCGUACUCCCAGUUGGGAUCCAUCCCUCAAGAGCCGAAAAAGAGCUUUGAGGGAAAACUGGUCAAAUACAAGAACAUGAAACGGGUAAUAAAACUUCCUUCUGGUCGCCAAUCAAUCGUAGAAACGCCAACUGAAGUUCUUUCGUUUCCUCAAAUGCUCAUAAAUUCCGACGAUGAAGAAACGGACCAGCAGGAAUGUGCUCCUGUUUGGAACACAAAAGAAUUGCCUUUUGACGCCGAAGGCUUACAUUUUGUCCUGGAAGUUCUUCAGGAUCUUUAUGACCCAACCAAAAUUUUGUCGAAGUGUUUGGAGGCUGAAAAUUACCAAGCAGCAGCAAAAGUUGCAGCCCUGCAGAAAAACUAUGCUGCCGCACUCACGUACCAGCUUCACGCUUUGGGCAAAGGAGGAAACAGCCACUGCUCGUCUCUUUUGUCACUUGACUCACCGCAGGGAGCAAUUUACUGCUUCACUGUGGAAGGUGGAUCUGAACAACGAGCCGACGAAGGGCAGGAGAUGCCAAAGGAGAGCAUGGCUGGCGAGGCGAGCCAUAUUGUUGAGCACUAUGUCAACUUCAUUGAGUCUGAGAGCCACGGCGUGAUUAAAAAAUUACUUGAGCAGGGAAUUGACUUUUGGUUGAACCAUUCUUUGCCAAUGGGCCACUUGGAAGAGCUGUUUAUGAAACACAUUUCCAAGUUCUCAAUGCCUCUAGGACUUAUGUUGUUUUGCUCAACUAAAGAAGACUCGCAACUGUGGAGCCAACUUUCUACGAGCUUUUGUCUCCAACUCUGCAAAGACAUUCUGGCCGGGAUGAACGAAAAAAAAGUUAUUCCCGAGUAUGUGGAGCUUCUGUCGCAAGUGACGUCGAUUCACAGCAGCGAACGCACAGAGGCAGAGAGCUGGCAAAGAGACCCCCACAGUCUCAUGGACAGUGUCCCUGACAGGGGCACGUUCAUGACGCUGAACGAAGGCCCAUCUAGUCAGUCCGAGGAGCAGCUCAUCUUCACAUGUGGCCAUCGGUACGGUCUCGACACCUUCCACCGGUCUCUGUUACCCGAAAUCGAACUGGCACUGCUGCGACUCAACCAGCCCCUGCCCACCACUGCCUCUAUCUUGCGCGAACUCUUCAGUCUGAACCCACUUGUGAAGCUCGCCUGUCCCAUGUGCGUCCUUUCUCAUCUGCAGGAGAGCACCUCGUAGCCAGUACCGCACAACGAAGGCCAUAUUUUUUGAUAUAACUCAAAUUGCUGCCACUUUUCCCGAAGAUUAUUAUUAUAUACUCACUAGUUCGUAAUUCAAUUGUUUACAAUCGCAAAAUAUUUGACAAUAGCAUCCAACUGAGUCAACUUUGAACACUC